AUGGCUAUACAAAAACUUUUCUCUGUAACUGCCAAAAACCAGUUACAAAUAGUAACGCUCUUGAUGAAAGGGAACCAAGCGACUGGUUUUGCUGUUAUUCCUUACAUACAGGGUGUUACGGAACCCAUCAAGAGAAUUUUGAAUAGCCACAACGUGAAAGUUGCUCAAAAACCUUUUCAGACUUUGGGGCAUAUUUUCGCCAAACCUAAGGAUCCUAUCACGAAAGAACAACGAACCGACGCCAUUUAUUCUAUUCCUUGCAAUGACUGUGACAACGAAUACAUAGGACAGACCAAACGUCAGUUUGGUACAUGGUUAAAAGAGCACCAAAAAGCGGUUUUUCUUCGCAAAAAAGAACAUUCAGCUUUAUCGGAGCAUACAUGCCUAACCAACCAUACAAUUGGGUGGGAUAAUUCUAAUAUUAUCACCACUAAUCGGCGUUACCACCAGCACCUUUGUUUGGAGGCUUGGCAUAUUAACUCUGCCCACACUCCUUUAAAUCUUGACGAUGGCGGUUUGCUUCCUGGCGCCUAUUUACACCUCGUCAGAAAAAAGGCCGCUAAUUAGUGAUCAUAUAAAAGGACCUCUUGUUGUAGCGUUUAGAUCACCCCUGAUGAAGGCACUAGACAGGAGUGUCGAAACAUUGGAUCUAUGAAUUGUUGAAUCAUUAAAUCAUUAAAUCUGCAAACCAGAGUAGCAUCAAACUAUGUCUAACUUUGUAAAAGUGAACAAAGAGAAGUAGAUGCUGUGUGCCAUACACUGUCAGUCAUGUAUAUGCCCUUUGCAGAUUUCAGAGAUGGAUAUAGUUGUACUAUUGAUAAACAAAUUUGACGAAAAGUUUUUGCAUCCAUUACACAAAGGCCUGCUAAGUGGAUCCCUUCCGAAACCAUUUUCAAUAUGAAAGUAGUAUUCACGGAUACAACAGAUAUGCUUCUUAUUAUUAGUUAUAUGAAAUGAUAGAGAAUCGUAAUGAGGGACUUCAGGUUCCAGAGAACUAUUUGGAAGUCUUUACCGAAAGCCCCACUACACAACCAGAAGUGCCAGCACCCACACAAGCAGAAAUAGAAAAGUCUUAUUUUACCAAAGCAAAUGCAAAGGAACGACUGUUUGCUGAGCAUGGUACCUCCGUUUGCUGA